UGCACUGGACUGGAUGCUGAUUCGGGGAAACAAACCCUAUUCUAUUUUACACCCUGUUCUAUUUUAGUAUCGUGGGGUCUUACGAUCGGGCCCUUGGCAACACCCAAAAUCAUAGGAAACAACAAACCCUUGUGGGUUUAAACAAGGCAGAAGAACAGAUGGAAAGGAAAGAAAUAGACGAUGAUAUUGUUUGUUUAGACGAAUCAUUCUUCAUAAAUGACAACUACGAGCUUACAACGUUUACAUUUGGGUCUCAAAUUUUUGAGCUCUUCUGUCUCCAAUCAGCUUCAACUGAUUUUGAUUUGACGGGGCAGAUGGUGUGGCCUGGUGCGCUGCUUUUGAAUGAUUACCUCUCAAAGAAUGCUGAGAUCCUCCAAGGAUGUUCUGUUAUAGAAUUAGGAUCUGGUGUUGGCAUUACUGGAAUACUCUGCAGUCGAUUUUGCCGUGAAGUCGUGUUGACUGACCAUAAUGAGGAAGUCCUCAAGAUCCUGAAGAAAAAUAUAGAGCUGCAUUCAUCUUCUGAGAACUCUAAUUGCUGUGCUGGGUUGAUAGCUGAGAAGCUAGAAUGGGGAAAUUCUGAUCAGCUAAACCAAAUUUUACAACGGGAUUUGAAAGGAUUUGAUCUCAUUCUUGGUGCUGACAUUUGCUUUCAACAGAAUAGCGUUCCAUUGCUUUUUGAUACUGUAAAACAGCUUCUCCAUGUUCGGAGGGGAGGGCAGUGCAAAUUUAUACUAGCCUAUGUGUCCAGAGCGAAAACUAUGGAUGCAAUGGUCGUUAGUGAAGCUCUUGGGCAUGGAUUACAGAUAAAGGAAGUUGCUGGGAGUCGAUCCGUUGUUGGCAAUCUUGACGGAGUUAUAUACGAGAUAAUCCUUCAAUAGAAGCAUCAAAUAUUUUUUGAUUUUCCAAUUAAAUUCAGUUUCUUCAAUGGAGGACAACGAAGUUUGCAUCCCAGAAGUUCUUAGAAUGUGACUAUUGCAACCUGGAAGUUGGAAUGUAAUAGCAUCAGCUUAAAGACAUGCUAAGCAUGCACAUGAAACAAUGCUUCACUGAAAUCUGAUUUUAGUUAUAUUCUGA